CUUAGGGGAAAUGUAAAUAAUUUGUGUUUAAAAUUAAAGAAAGAAGUUAAUUGUUGAAAAUGCCUGAAGUAAUGCAUAACCUCGUCGCCGAUGCGAGGAAGAAUCGAUUCUCUGGGAUCCCAAAACUAUCAGAAGAAGAUAUAAUAAGUGUGUGGGAUACGGUGUCGGAAUACAUUGAGCUCCAGAUGUGCACGCAACGUGGGGUUCAUGUUCCCAAUCUCGGGACCUUCACCUUCACACAUAAGAAAAUGGACAUCGGGAACAAUAAGUUUAUUUUAAUUCAACGUCCAGUGUUUGUUUUGUCCGAGAAAUUCGCCCAAACUCAUGCUUUGCAGUAUACCAAGCAUCAUACAACAGGUGAAAUUCCCGUCGUCCAAUUAAAUUUUACCUCACUUGCUGUUGAAAGUCCGUUUGAUCGUGACACGGUGGAGACAUGCGUGCGCGAAGUGCUGCAGUCUUUAUCCCGCGCGGUGUCAAAUUUACAAAACGUUGAAUUUCUCUUCCGUGGCAUCGGGGUUCUUGGGAUCAAAGAAUCCAAAGUCAAAAUGAAAUUCUUCAAAGAUUUUCUCAACUCGAUGGAUGGUUCGGGCAACUUGGUCAAAGUGUUGGAAAAUGAGUUGUUCCAUAGCGGUUCGUACAGCGGGGAGUUAGUCAGAAAAUAUGAUGGAAAAAGUAAAAAAUUGAAGCGACCUGGAACAGCGGAUUCUGUGAUGUCCAAUCAGACGACACUUAGCGCGCAUCGACGACCAGGAACCAACACCAUCACGUUGCCCAAGUUAAACUCAGGAAAGGAGGUACUUCCCCCAAUCGCAGAACAAAUGCAAGAUGAAGGAGACGGAGAAAAGAUCCCGUUACCCCCAACGCGAGGUUCGAACCGAGAGGUUAUUCGGCCCCACCAAGUGGUAGGAGUGAGUUUGGCUGCUGAGGAAUUACGUGAAGCACUUCCUGCCAGGGAGGGCGUUAGAGGGUCACCUGUGAGAAAGAUGUCAAGCCCCCCCAACCCUCCCCCUAAACCCGCCACCAGCCCACCACAACAAGAUACCAAGGAAACACCUCAUGUGGUUCAGGAGGAAACAAUAGAAGACACCCCACGUCCCGUGUCGGCCCCACUCCAAACCCCGGAGCCACAGCUUCGAGUUUCGGCUCGUUACGCCCCUUCUCGACGUUCGUCCCAAUUCACCCCCAUUGAGUGCUCCUCCCCGGCCCACCAUCUUCGGGCGGGACAAGAGCUCUGUUACCUCUGCAUGCAACGCUCCAUGAGGAAUGUUCCUGUGUCGUUCGAGGAGGAGAGGAGGAGGAAGGAGUUGGAGCAAGAUGCUCUUCUGCAACAAUAUCAACAAAUGAAGGAUCAGGAAGCGAUACUAAUGCAACAGGCAAACCAGAACCAAAACCGUCACAUCAACCAGAAGGUGGCAGCAUUCAACCUUGGGGUGGCCGAGUGUUUAAGGGACACCAAGGGUAAAAGGAGCACCGAUUUUGUGAAAUCCUAUGUUUUCCAAAACCGUCCCCUCACCCCAUUAAGAUUCUACAAACAAGAGGAAUACAGUAAAGCAUUGGAAUCCCAGGUUAAAAUGAAAUACGGACGAGAAAAUCGUGAAAAACACGACCGGGAGUUUCAGGAGAGAUUGGAACAAGUUCAACUUGCAGAGGAUUUGGCAGCUCAACGGGAACAAUUCCUUCGAGCAAAAGCCGACCAAAUAUCGAGAUAUCAGAAAGCUCUCUCGGCUCAGAUCCAGGUUCGUAAGAAGUUAGCGAGUCCAUUAGAGGGAGGUAGUGGGUGUCGUCGUCACCUUAGUAUGCCAAAGCCGAGGAUGUUAAACCCGUUUGAUGGAAGGAAUAAGAAAAGGAGUAAGAUCCGUAGCAAGCCACUCCCGCUCCCCAAAGCCGAACCCGACUCCAAGGAUCCGAUCUUCGGGAGGUUUGAUGCAACCAACGAGAAGUUGUUGGAGCAACGGGAACGAUCGAGGAAUCUACUCAAGAGUCAACUUGAGAUGGUUUCUGAGAAGAAGAAGAAUUCGAUCCUCCAGCAUCUUGGGAAGCAGAAGGAGGAAAGUGAGAUGCUGCAGAGGACCAAACAAGAGUUGAUUGAGGACAGGGUGAAUACUCACAAGAGGGCGUAUGAGAUGCGGAGAUCUCUGGAGAAUAAUUGGCAGAAUCAUCAUCUUGAUAAAGUUGGGAGGGAGGAUGAAGAAAAGAUGAGACUGAGAACUCCUGGGAUGUUGCUACUUCAACAAACUGAUAAAUAUAAGAGAUGCGGGCAAUGUGAACGCCGCACGAACAACUGCGGAGAAUCAAAUAUUUGGAGCGAAUCUCGUUAUAUCCCGGGUUCAAGGCUCAUGGUUUAAUUAUUGUGUCAUUAUGAUGUCAUCAUGUGUCUUUGUCUUCACUGUCUGUUCCACCUUUGUGAUGUCAUACCUGUCUGUGAUGUCACUGAAGCAUCCAUUGUUACAUCACUGAGGCAACUGUCAUGUCACUUCCUGUCCAUAAAUAACCUGCACUUACCACGAACUACGUCUGCCAGAAUAAAUUCCUGGAAUGUUUUAGUUUAAUUUUAUUAGUGGGUGGCCUUUGAGACUUACGCCGUGUAAAAAGCUUUACAUUGUUUCUGUUAAAAAGUGAAUUAUGUGUAGAAUAAAUUGACAACAAAACU